AUGGAGAAUCCAGAUAAAAAAGUGAUUCCGGGGGAAAGUAUUUUUGUUUCGAAAGAAAAUUUGCGCCCUGGGCAAGGAACGUAUGAGUUACACGGGAGAAUAUAUGCAUCUCUUUCUGGAUAUGUGUUUGUUAAAACAGAAGUUGAAGGUGAUAAGACAAUUGAAGUAGUAGAAGUUCGAAGGAAUAGAGAACAGAAAGACCAUGUUAUACCUUACAUUGAUGGGAUCGUUACUGCACACACUCCAUUGACUACAGAAUACACAGCUCUUUUACGAAAAGAGGAUAUCAGACAGCAUGAUAGAGAUCAGACAGAAAUAGCUAAAUGUUUCCAACCAGGUGACAUUAUAUUGGCUAGAGUUUUAGGUUUUGGAGAUAGUAUUUCUUCAUUUAUUUUAACAACAGCUGAAGAUCAACUUGGAGUGGUAAAGUCGCUGUCAAUAGUUCAUAAAGUAGAAAACUUCAGCUGGGAAGAAGUUAAAGGUGUUAGGUCUGGUAUUACAGAGCCUAGAAAAAUAGCCCAAAUCACAUUUGUAAAUGGCUUUUUUGAGAAAACGGGUGUUUGUUGA